AUGGCCGGGCGAGGAGAUACGUGUCCUCUGAGGAUCACCGUGGUUGGCGGGGGGCUGGUGGGGUCGCUGGCGGCGUGUUACUUCGCGAAGCGAGGUCACACUGUCCACCUGUACGAGGGCAGAGAUGACGUGCGCGCCAGCCCGCAGUACCGCGGCCGCAGCAUCAACCUGGCCAUGUCGGCGCGGGCGCGCGCGGCGCUGGCCGAGCUGGGGCUGGAGGCGGCGCUGCGGGAGCACGGCGUGCCGCUGUACGGCCGCAUGCUGCACCGCCGCGACGGCAGCCUGGCCAGCGCGCCCUACGAUCCGCGCGGCCACCAGUGCAUUUACUCCGUGAACAGGAAGUACUUGAAUGAAGUUCUGCUGACAGAAGCCGAGAAGCAGCCCAACGUCCAUCUGCACUUCAACCACAAGCUCGUGUCGGCGAACUUGGAGCUGGGGGAGACGACUUUCCUCAGGUCGGGCGGCCCGGAGACGGUGCCGACGCAGGCGGACCUGGUGGUGGGCGCCGACGGGGCCCACUCCGCCGUCAGGGGCCUGCUGGUGCGGCGCCGCGGCUUCAACUACAGCCAGGAGUACAUCGAGCACGGCUACCUGGAGCUGCGCAUCCCGCCGACCGCCGGCGGCGAGUUCGCGAUGGCGGGCGACCACCUGCACAUCUGGCCGCGCCGCACCUUCAUGAUGAUCGCGCUGCCCAACCAGGACCGCUCCUACACCGUCACGCUGUUCAUGCCGUUCCGCCAGUUCGAGCGGCUCGGCGACGCAGACGCGCUGCUGCGCUUCUUCGCCGACCACUUCCCCGACUCCCUGCCGCUCAUCGGCGAGCGCCAGCUGGUCGACGACUUCUUCGCCGCCAAGCCGUCGCCGCUCGUCAGCGUCAAGUGCAAUCCUUACCACUGCGGGAACACAGCGGUGAUCAUAGGAGACGCCGCUCACGCUAUGGUCCCAUUCUACGGACAAGGAAUGAAUGCGGGGUUCGAGGACUGCCGCCUGCUGAACCAGCUGAUGGCCCGCCACCGCGACAACAUGGCGCUGGUGCUGAAGGAGUUCUCCGAGACCCGGAGCGGCGACGCGGCGGCCAUAUGCGACCUCGCGAUCUACAACUACGUCGAGAUGCGCGACCUGGUGAACAAGAAGUCGUUCGUGCUGAGGAAGAAGCUGGACCGGGUACUGAACGCGCUGUUCCCUGACCUGUGGCUGCCCCUGUACACGGCCGUCACCUUCAGCCACACGCCGUACAGCGCCUGUCUGCGGCACAAGCGCUUCCAGGACCGGGUGCUGGGUACGGCCGCCGUAUCGACGGCAGUCCUGGUGGCGCUCCUGCUGGCGGCUCUGCUGGCGCGAUGGUGCCUCUGCGACCCCAGCGCCGCCGCCGCCGACAACCACAUAUACGAGUGACGUCUCAUCGCGGCCGCACAUCUUCGCCAGGGGACCUCGUGCGCGGACAUCAUUUUUGCUUUCGGCGUUCUGUCAACUCGGGAGCUUACAUAGUACUACAUCCCGUCAUCACCGCCAUGUUUACUUGAAAGUGCCCCCUCCCCCCCCCCCCCCCCCCACGACCCUACCCGGACACACAUACGCUUCAGAAAAAAAAACACGUGAUUUGAAAACUGCUCAGGAUAUUCGAGUGGGGUAUGUUUACGAAAAAAUAAAAAAUAAUCUUACGCUGAGGGCGGAUGAGUAGUUUUGUUUCAAUAUUUAGUUUUUAAACUGUAUUUUUAGACAUGACACACUGGGUGCAAUUUCUUGGAAGCACAAAAUGGACUUGCAUCUUAGUUUCUCCGCCAUAUGAUGUUAUGGUUACUGUUCAGAUCUCUUAGUUGCACGACGCACUACGAGAAUACUGCGCGCCAGUUCCCAGCCUUGCUCUUAGAGGUGAUACCGCGGUAGAAACACCAUCGAGCGUCGCACUAACACGAAUACGCCCCCGACUAGGCGGUACCUCGCCUAGCUUGUAUGCUGGAUAUAGUCUUGUGUCUCAUAACUUGCCUCAAAUUUGACAGUUCUCAAAAGUAAAAACACCGAUUUUCUACGCAUACUUCUGCCACAGUUCCAUCUACAGCGUUUGGAUACAUCUUCACGUGGUUGCCAGAGUUCGUGAACAAACAUAUUUGUGGUGCUUUGCAAGUGACAGAUGGGAAAUGGGUUUCACUAGUGCUUCUUUUGGAAACUGCGAAAAUUUAGGUACGUUAAUGUAUAAGGCUUGUCGUCAGGGCCGUCGUCAAGAAAGGGGCCGUUGGUGAGGCGGGGGUAAAAUCCUCAAAAUUUCAGAGUCGUGAUUUUUUCAAAGCAUGAGUUUACACUGAUAUAGACCGUCUCACGUUUAGACUGAAGUACAUACACGGCUUAUAGCGCGCGCUGUUGCAAGAUACCUCACACGUUACGAAGAAGUUCAGGGGGGAUGUACUCCUUUGGAAUUCUGAGUGCACGAGAAGCAUUUUAAGAAUUCAUGUUAGUAAUUUAUAAUGUUUUAGGCCUGUCACGCUCAUAAAUAUUUUUACUUUACACAAGAAACAAUUCACACACAUUCAUUGAUGCCAAUUCACACGAAAUAUGUAACGUUCUCUUGAUGAAUAAAUAAACAAUAUUCAAUACCUUCAAUGCCAAAUACUUAUUACAUUCAGCAACAGCUCGCGCAGAGACAAGGACGGCGCUUAGGGCAGUCGGCGUGUGUUAGAAAGAGAGAGAAAGGCCCAUUUACUUCCAUGCUGCAAUCUAAAAGUGGGACAAUCUAUAGAAUUGAAAAUUGUACGUAUAUUGCUAAUAGAAUUCAUUAGAGACAUUACAAAUUAUGGGAUACGAUCAGAUCACAUUUACAGCUAUGGACGGUAACAUUUGAAGUCAUUUAAGAAUUAUUGUUUUUUAUUUGGGCGAAAUUGGGACUAAAUUAUUUGCCCCCGGGACCUAAGCUUUUCUUAACAGAGUUGACAGUCGUCUUGAGAGCAGUGGCGUAGCCAGGAUUUGUGUAUGGGGGGUGUUAAGAAGCUUGCCCCCCCCCCGUAUUAAAGUGGGGGGUCGGGGGGGUCCUCCCCCGGGAAAAUUUGGAUUUUAAGGUGUAAAAUAGUGCUAUUUUAGCUUACUUAAAUGUAAAUAUUGUAAUGGUAAAAAUUUUAUUAAUUUUAAUAUGAAAUUUGUUUGAGUGAUGAAUAAGAAAUUAACUAUAGAUUUGGUGCUAAGGGGGGGGGUUUGAACCCCUAAAACCCCCCUCUGGCUACGCCCCUGCUUGAGAGACGUAUCGUAAAGAAGGUGAGUAUGUACACCUGCUUGCAACGUCGCCGUCAGCUUACGAAACAAGGAACGCAAAGGGCAAACUAUUGAGUGCCAAAACGAUUGGAACAUAGUGUGUGUGGACCACGGAUACAAGCGAGCAGUGCAGCAGAAACUGUUUAGGCUCCAACGGUUAAUACUUAUUUGCCAACAAAACCGUCAGGAAAAAAUGUCAUGGCGGACGCACGAGGUACCCUUGGCUAAGAACUUGGCAGAUAUAAGCAAGAAUUUCAAUUCAGCGAUAACGCGUCAAAAUACAACUUUACAUGUAGUAAUUUUGUCAUAAGUAGUGUAUCUGUUGAAGUGUCUUUUGUAAACAAAUUCAUGUGCCAUUGUUUGCAUCAGCUUAUUUUGAAUAAUUAUCUGUAUUAAAGGGUGAUUUGUAUGUCUGUAAUGCGGAGACGGAGAUUAUCCAGGGGCGCUUCGUUGCUCCUCGAAGAAUUUUUUUUUCUUCAAAAUACAUUUUUUUAUGAUUUUUUUUCAGUGAUUUUCGAUCACGUUUUCCCAAUGAUCUCCAUGGCAACGGCCGUUGCAUUAUUGACGCUUUCUUCACCUCUCGGCAACGGCUAUUGCAUUACUGACCUUUUGUUCGUCUCCAUGGCAACGGCUACUGCAUUGCUGACGCCUGAUUCACUUAUGUAAGGAUUUAAAUCCCGUCUUUCCAUAAUUAUCUUUGGCAUCGGUAUUGUUUGAAUAAAUUCGAAUUUGAAGGUCCUUAAAAAAAUACGUCGUCUUUGGAUUAUAUUUCUUCCCCUUUAUCUUAGUUCUAGUGUUUUUUUAUAAUAAAUUGAUUUUUAAAUUUAUAUUAAGUUUUUUUUUCUUUCUUUCAAGGCGCGGCAGUGGCGUACCCAUGAGAAAGGGCAAGUGUAAUGAGCAUCGCGAGAAUGUUUUAUAGAACUAUAGUGCUAUAGGACUGUCAAACUCGUGUCUCACGGCGGACUCAGCUGUAGCGUUGUUGAGGAUAUAAACGCUAUUUUCCGAAUACCGAUUUAUAAAAUCUAGCUUAAAUGAUAUUUGAGAAGUGUAUCGUAAAGGAUCACGGCAAUUUUUGUUUACCUUCCGAUUACUUGCAAGAAUCCUUACAGAUUUUCUGAUGCAAGCUUUCGUGAAAGGACGAAGUGGUUGUGGCGCUAUCUUUUAGAAAAAAAAUGUAGCGAUAGUCUAUUGCUUAGCCAGCUACCUGCUGUCUAAAUCUCUUUGUGUAUAUCUAUUAUUGUCAAAUUGCAACAAAAAAUAUACAGUUGAAAAUUACCUGCAAAUAAAAUGUGAAUGAUUUGUAAACGCAAAAAAAAAAAUGACUGCCGAAAACGUUUUUCUAUUUUGAUACUUGGUACACCAGGUUGAGAUUGAAUCAGCGUCGAAAGAAUUCGGGUAUGCUUUCACGACUAUUUUCUCAUUGAAUGCAGCGUUUAUAUAAAAAAAAUCUUUGGUUACGAUUACAUAGGUAAAGAACACAUCCUUAUUAUAUUCCGAAACAGCCAAAAUAACAUGUAGUUUGAAUGUCCUAGUUUAAUGCAGUGUUUGAUAUUUCAUUACUAGUGCAUUUCAAAGUGUUGUGCAUAAAAACAUGCUUUACAUUCAAAAAUUUUAACAAACUGUAAGGUAUUAGUAUUGUAAAUAAACGCACAUGUGAAUAUUUAUUUAUUUUAUUGUCUUUAUAAUUGUAGAAUGGUAAUAAAAGAAAAGGCAUAUUAUUUAACUAACCUAAGAAUAUGAAACCACCUAUCAAAGACUAUUAUAAGACACCAGCCGAAUUAAAAAAUAAAUAAAUACUAGCACAUUUGUAACAUAUAUAUGGUACUGAACAGAAUUUGGUAUGUAUGAAAAUAAAUGCUGAAUAAACAGAAAAAAAAAUCGUCUGAUUUUUUAAAAAUUUAAUUAUGAUGGCAAUCAUGCGCAAAAGACAAGAAUCGUUCUACAUCAAAUCAUUAGUCUACUGUCGAGCGGCCACUACCUUUGCGAUGGUCUAUGAAUAAUAGUCCAUCUACCCACUCGUGGUUGGCAAGUGGCGAACUCGCACCAGUAGCUCCGGCAAAAAAGUUUCCUGCUGCAACGUAAAAUAAGUGUACCCUGCGAAAUGGGAGUCGCGGCAGUCACAAAAUACAUUAUUAGCGACGGGAAAAUUCUCUGGUGUUGAUGCCAGAAUUCUGUGGUCGCUAAUAAACUUUGUGUUCGCAAAUAUCUCAAAAAAAGCACCAGGAAAUUUUGUUAGAUAACUCCGGAUUGGGAUUCAGCAAACCACCCCCCCCCCCCCAACCCACCCACCCACCAAAAAAAACACAGAGAACGAUAAUAAAAUCGACUACUGGAAUUUCUGCAACGAGAAGCCGUUUUUUUGAAGAACUUGGACAUUUUGAGUGACCAGUUAUGUAAGUUGCCCGAGCGCUCUUACUUCAUUGCUAUUUACAUUAUGUGUUCUUUGGUUUUAUUUGUAUCUUUGCUACUAAACAAUAAACAUUAUUACUUUUUUA